CAAAUCGAUCGACCCACCCACCGAACAGAUAGAUAGAUCCCCUUGCCGAUCCGAUCCGUCCCGUCCCGGCCGCCGCCGCUCCCACCUCGUCCUUACCGCUUCGAUCCCAUUCACGCUCCACACUCUCCACUCCCGCCCGCUUCAAAUCUCUUAUGUCCGCGCCCCCCCAUGGCUGCCAGCGCCCAGGAGCUUCCCCCGGCGCAGCAGCAGCCAGCGGCGGAGCAGCCUCCGUCCUUGGCGUUGGCGCUGGUGCCUCAGCCGCAGGCGCAGGCGCAGAUUAAGCCGACCAGGGUCUCGCUGUCCUACGAGGAGAUCUCCAAGCUCUUCUCCCUCCCCAUCGCGGAGGCCGCCUCCAUCCUAGGCGUUUGCACCAGCGUCCUCAAGAGGAUAUGCCGCACCCACGGUAUUGUCAGAUGGCCGUAUCGAAAGAUUGUUUCUGGGAAGGGUGAUGACGCAAAAAAUGCUGAAAGAGAGAAAGCCAUGCAGCUUCUUGAGUUGUCAAAAAUUGCAAAACAAAAGGCUAUAAGCUCUUCUGGUUCAUUAGCGACGUCAUCAUCAGGUGCUUUCCAGGGAGUGCCAAAAGCUCAACAAGGCAGUGCGAAGGCAGGAUCAGCUAUAGGUAGACAAAAUGCCCCAAGCUUGUCCCAGUUUAGCCAAGCCAAAGACAUCCCCACCUACAUGGAUGAUUUCAAGUACGGAUUUCCAUCAUCUGGCCUGUCUACUGAAACAAUGAAAUGGUGGGGGACUGACAGCCACACAGAGACUGCUCCCGCGAAAGACGAUAACCGGGAAGGCUCCGAAUCAACAAAUGAGGCAUCAAAAGGUAUGACCGAUGACGAGUUAGACUGGGGAGCAGACGAACCCGAAGCUGAUGCCGACGGAGUGGCUGCUGCAACUGACCCGUCGGCGCAGCUCUGCUUCCUUAGGAGAAAGGCCGCGGGCGAUGGGCGUAGGCUGCUGAACGGUGACACCGGCAGGGUCCAGCAGUUGUGCCGACUGAACAAGAGGCAGAAGAUAGUGCUGGCCCAGGUGUUCGGAGCUUCACUGCCAGAGCAGUGGAGGAGCAAGCUAGCCUGAAUGUUUUUUUUUGCCUGCUGUUGUAUCAUGUGUAACUCUAGUGAUUGUAGCAACCGAUGUGGUCUGCGCUCUUCCUGAUGUGAGAACUGAAACGGUUGAUGAAGAAUGAUGGAUCGUUGUGGAUUUUUCGUUUUGGAGGGAAAUGCACCUUUUCUCCUCUUUGUUUA